CAAAUAUUCCCAUGGUGGCAGAAACGCGUGAUCUGCGAUGGGUGGGGACGAUUUGGAUGGACGAACGGAGGGACGGAGGCAGCAGGCUGGAACGCCGCAGUUGCGAAAACGACGUGGUCGCUGACAAAUGGACCACCGAUGCUGGCAGGUAGCAAGAGCAUGCGGCCGAGCGUGGUGAAGGUCUUGCGCAAGGACAGCAGGCCCGAACAGACCGACGGUCGCUUUUUCUGUCCGCAGAACCCGAGCAACCGGGAGGUGCUGGACUCGGAGCUGCCCAGUCCAGACACGGUUCGCCGCGCCUUGUCCUUCUUCGAGCUCAAGGCCGUCCCGCCGCGUCAGCCGCGACAGAUCAUAGUGGGCGGCGACGAGAGGAGUGUCCAAUCGGACACGUCGGACGAAGACUGCGAGUCCGAAGAGGAGAGCAAGGCCGUGUCCAGGCAGACGAUGGAGCGCAUCAGGGCGCAGGGGUGCAGCGUGACCUACUUCGGCGGCCGCGUCGUGGCCAGCAACCAGAAGCACUCGCCCACCAGAAGGGUGCUGCAGGAGAUUCUGCAGACAAGACAGAGGAGCCUCGUCCAACUUUCCGCCGCCAAGAGCCGCCUCGUCAAGAGCAACAGCUGCGACAGCAGACUUGAGAUUCUCGUCUUUGACAAUGAGAUCCUCUGAAGCUUUCAAAUUGUUAAAAAAAAAAUGUAUAAAAUGGACAAUCUAAAUUUAAUUAAAUUGUAAAAAAUGAAGAAUUUAAAUCUAAAGUAAUUUAAAGAAGGAAAGGAUUUAUUUGCAUUUUGUAAUUUUUUUUCUUCGUCAAAAAACUUUAUAAAACAAAUAAUGUUUAAAAAAUUAAUGAAUUAUUUAAAAAGAAAAACUACUUUUUGCAGUGAAUCAUAAAAUUAUUAAAUAAAAAUUUCCAUCGUUAAA